AUGACAGGAUUUUAUGGUCAUCGACCCACUACGAGUGAACGUCAUCAUUCAUGGGAGUUACUACGGAGAUUGGUCCAUAUGUACCCUAACUUGCCAUGGUUAAUUUUUGGGGACUUUAACGAGAUUUUGAGGGAUGAGGAGAAAAGUGAAGGGAGAUUGAGGCCGCUCUGUCAGAUUCAAAGGUUUAGCAGUGUAGUGGCAGAUUGUGCACUAAAGGAAGUGGAGUUUCGUGGACCUUUGUUUACUUGGAGCAAUGGUACAGUUUCUGAACGAUUGGAUCGAGGGUUUUUGAAUCCGGAAGGGGCUUCGCUCUUUCCGAACGCACUCGUUCAACAUUUAGAUGUGGGAGCUAGUGAUCAUUUACCACUCUUGCAUAAUUUGCAAGGUGAAGUUAGUGGCCGUAAAGAGCGAGUGCAUCGGAGAUUCUUAUUUGAGAGUUUCUGGACAAAGGACGAGCAAUGUACGAAGAUUGUGACUAAUACCUGGGGAAAUGAUUCUUUAGUCUCUGUACAAGAAAAGAUUAAGGAUUGUGCGGAAAACCUGCAACAGUGGAAUAAGGAGGUUAUUGGAUGUGUGCCUAAGAAGAUUAAUGCUCUUAAAGAGUCACUACAAAAGUUCCCUAUCGGAGUUGCGACAGAGGCAGAGAAACAACAAAGGGAAGCCAUUAAAGAGGAAUUGGAGAAGCUAUAUAGUUAUGAGGAGACUAUAUGGAAAGUUCGUUCACGGUUGAAUUGGCUUCAGGAAGGUGAUAACAAUACUAAAUUUUUUCAUGCAUAUGCAAAAGGGCGGGGAAGGCAAAAUAAGGUGGAAGGUGUGUUUAAUGAAAAUGGGGUUUGGUGCGAUUCAAUGUCGGAGGUUCAACAAGCCUUUGUGGAGUAUUUCUCAAACAUUUAUCGAUCAGAAGGUUGUGUGGAUAUGGAGUUGGUUCUUAACUCUAUUCCGUGCAAAGUAACGGAGGUGGUGGGGGAUUCAGUGAGUGAAUUUUGUCUGAAGGUGCUGAAUGAAGGUGAGGAUUUGACAAAUGUGAACCACAUUUUCAUUUCUAUGAUUCCAAAGGUUACCAAGCCAAAAUAG